AUGGCCACCGAACAGGAUAAGACCGUUCCCGCUGCUGUCCCUGCUGAGAACCCUGCAACUCCCGAGACGCCUCUCACCAAGCUCAAUGCCCGCCUUGAGGACAUCUUCACCAAGACACUCCACAAGGAGAUGUGGGGUGUCCAGCUCACCAACAUUGACCAUGUCCCAACAAAGGUCGUCCUGCAAAAGUUCCUCCGCGCCAACAAUGAUGACCCAGUGGCAGCUGAGAAGCAGCUCACUCAGGCUCUUGAGUGGCGCAAGAAGAUGAACCCCGCCGCACUCGUCACCCAGACUUUUGACAAGAGCAAGUUUGGUGACUUGGGCUAUGUCACUGUCCACAAGGGAGAGAAUGGCAACGAGACCAUCAUCACCUGGAACAUCUACGGUGCUGUCAAGGACAACAAGGCCACUUUUGGCAAUGUAGAGGAGUUUAUCAAAUGGCGCGCUGCCAUCAUGGAACUCAGCGUUCAGAAGCUCAAGCUAGACCAAGUCACUGAGCCAAUUCCUGAAGGGGGUGAGGAUCCUUACCAGAUGAUCCAAGUCCACGACUACCUUAAUGUCAGUUUCUUCCGCAUGGACCCCGCCGUCAAGGCUGCCAGCAAGGAGACCAUCUCCGUCUUCUCAAUGGCUUACCCCGAGUUGCUCGCGCAUAAGUACUUUGUCAAUGUUCCCGCCAUCAUGGGAUGGAUGUUUGGCGCCAUGAAGCUCUUCCUUGCCCCUGCUACCCUCCGCAAGUUCCACCCCAUGACCUCUGGCACUACACUGGCCACUGAGCUCAAGAGCAUCGUUUCUACUUUGCCCAAGGAGUAUGGUGGUCAAGGGCCAAGUGUCAAGGAGGGUAUGUCUGUCUCGUUGACUGAGACUGGUGAGACCAAGGCUGAACCUUCACCUACUGGGGUUCCCGAACAAACGGCUGCCGGCGACUCUACCACUGCCGAAAAGACUGCCGUCGCUCCUGAGUCAGCUCCCGCUACUGACAAGCCACUCACUGCUGAGCCUGUUGUGGCCGCCGCAGCUCCUGCCCCUGCUCCCGCUCAUGCUGCAGAGGCUGUCCCAGCCCCGAUUCCUGCUCCUGUAGAGGCAGCCAAGGCCGAGACUGCAGAACAGGCUGUGGAGCAAGCUGGAGAGAAGCCCAUCGAGGAGGCCCUGGAGAAGCUGUCCGUCGACCCAGCUGAGUCUGAGAAGAAGGAUUCUCUUGCUACCGAUGCUGAGAAGAAGGAGACGGCUGCCUGA